AUGUUUAGCAAUAUAGUGGCAACUGGAUUUGAAGACAGGUAUAAUGUGCGAGUGACACCCUUGUUGGGGGCGAGAUGGCUGAAGUGGUUAGAGUACGAAUCCACUGACCUGAAUGUCCGUGGUUCGAAACCAACACCUGCCUCUCGAUUUCCCCUGUCUAGACUUAGUCAACCAACAUCAUUGAUACCAAAGGAGGGGAAGCACUGGACUCGGGUUUCGGUCUUAUUAGAGCUCAUCAGCAGUGGAUAUCCAAUGGCCGUGCUGGGGUUCGAACUCCGGAAAUCUGACGUGCGAAGCGAGCGCGUAACCACUGUUCCACCAGCGCACGUUGGACGCAUUUGA